GGCGGCGGUGCCUCGACUCCGCUUGGUAUCCUCACCGAGGACUAGUGACUUGACCUGGAGGCAGGAUCGGGCAGGGCGUGGGGCCGGGACUUUGUGCCACGUCGCACCCUUCACUCGUGUUGCCAUUAGCUCCAGCCACGUAAGCCGUCGGCCCUGAAUUCUCUCACGCCCAAACCUCCCCUGCGAAAGCGACAUUCAUUCGUAAAGCAAAAGGAGUUGGUUGCCUGUGCGCAAUAAAUGUUGGAAGAGAUGUCCAGCUUCCCUCUUGGCCUCCAGAGAACUCAGGAGUCCUGGAUUCCACCCCACCCACCACCGGCACUUCUCUCCUGUCUGUUUAGAGAUCAGUGUAAAUUCUGUUCCUGCUGGACUUUCCUGCUUUUUGCGCAUGGGUUGCUACUAAGGGUGGGAGGGGCUUCAGAUUCAGAUUCAUUCACUGUCUUUCGAAUGAGUGAGGCUGACAUGAAGCUCAUAAAAAAAAACUCGCUUCCUCCACCUCUCCUUGGAAAACGGCUCCUUAAAUCGGCAGCCAGGAAUUAUACCCUUCCUUUUAAAAAAUAUAAAUUCCCAUGGCGGGAAGACUCUGUCUCCCAUUUAACCCAUCUCUUCGGGCAGCAGUGAUCUCGAGCUAUAGCACCUGGAUUUCCUGGAAAGGAAACACGCCCAUUUGCAGACGCAAAAGAGAGAAAACGAAACCAGUUCCCUCUUCCUGGCGAGGCAGCAGCCAUGGCUGCUUCUGGGGGUUCCGUGCAGGAUCUCCGCGAGGAAGCCACUUGCCCCAUCUGCCUGGAGUAUUUCAGGGAUCCAGUGAUCAUCCCGGAGUGCGGGCACAACUUCUGCCGGUCCUGCCUGAUCCGGUGCUGGGGGGAAUCCGAGGGAGAGGCUUCCUGCCCUCAGUGCAGGGAAAUCAUUCAGCACAGGAACCUCAUCCCCAAUCGGCCGCUGGCAAAUGUUGUGGAAAAACUUACAGCCGGGAAACCCCGUCUUCAUGGGGAAAAGGGGGCUGAAGGAAAGGGGAAGAUUUGUGAGAAGCACCAGGAGCCCCUGAAGCUCUUUUGCAAGGAGGACGAAAGCCCCAUCUGCGUCGUGUGUAUUGCAUCCAAGGAGCACAAAAGCCACGAGGCGAUUCUUCUGGAGGAGGCUUUCGAGGAGUACAAGGGACAGAUAAGCAGCUGCCUAGACAAUGUGAAGAAGGAGAGAGAGAAAAUUCUGGAAUUUAAAGCGGGGACAGAAAAGGAAAGCCAAGACCUGCUUAAACAAACAGGUGCAGAGAGGGAAAAGAUGGUGGCUGAGUUCAGGCGACUGCACCAGUUUCUGGAAGAACAAGAGAAGCUUCUUCUGGCCCAGAUGGCAGAAGUGGAGAAGGAGAUUGCAGCCAAAAGGGAGGAGCACCUGGCCAGACUCUCCAGGGAACUCUCCUCUUUUGACAGCCUCAUCCGGGAGAUGGAGGAGAAGCUUCGGGAACCAGCAAGUGAACUCCUGCAGGAUAUCAGAAGCUUCUUGCAGAGGUCUCAGGAGAAGGAGAACUUAGAGGAUCCUCCUGUGGCUUUUCCGCCUGUCCUGAAGUGGAAGAUCUGGGACUUCGGAGAUAUAAAUCCCUUCCUGGAGGGAGUCAUGAAGAAAUUCAGAGACACUGUGGAAUAUGGACUUCAGCUGCGAAAAGAAAACGUAACUUUGGAUCCAGACACAGCAAAUCCUUACCUCAUCCUGUCUGAGGAUCGAAAGAGUGUGAGAGAUGGAGAAGUGCGUAGACGCCUGCCGAACAACCCUGAGAGAUUUGACACACAUGGCGAUGUGCUGGGAUGUGAGGGUUUCACAUCAGGCAGACAUUUCUGGGAGGUCAUUGUGGGAAGAGAGGAGGGAUGGGGGGUGGGUGUGGCCAGAAAGUCUGUGAAGAGGAAGGGUGAUUUAGGUUUUGAUACUACGGAAGGAAUCUGGGGUUUGGGGAAGUGGGAUGGUGGGUACAAGUUAUGCUCCCCCCAUGAGGACCCUGUUCCAAGUGAGGAGCCCAAGAGGAUCCGAGUGACCCUGAACUGUGAAGGGGGACGGGUGUCCUUUUACGAUGCAGAUACAGCAGCCCUUCUCCAUGCAGAUACAGCAGCCUCCUUCUCAGGAGAGACCCUCCAGCCCUACUUUUACGUGAGCGGGAAAGCGAACCUGAGACUCUCUUGACUGAAGGUGCAGAAAGACAAGCGCAUAUUCAUUGCCAUCAUGGCACAUUCAGUCGCCUCUUCAGGACUGAGCUGACAGGCACUUCAGGAGAAACCAUAUUUGCAGAACGGUGAUUGGCCACCCCUUGUGUCAAUCAUGAUACAACUCUCCCUUCCCACGCCAGUUUUGUGAAUGACACUGAUUGAUUGGGUCCCCUGUCGGUCCCCAAACUUGCCUGUUCUCUCUCCCUUGGGAAUGGGCUACUUCUGUCAGUGCAGGUGGUGCAAAGGGGGGGAAGAAGCAAGAAAAUAAUUUAGGAAACAACAGCAAUCCCCCCCGCAAUAUUCCUGUUUUGAUGUUCUCUCUCCAACCUCCAACUUGAGUUUUCUAGAGACAAUACCAUCAUCUUUUAUGAAUAAAACCAGAAUUAUGCACGGGCAUCACUUAAAAUCUUCCUCAGCCUCAAUCCCUUUCUCAGAUUCCCUUUCCUCCCCCAAAACCUCCACUGACCAUGAAUGGAAGUUCCAAAAUCCCCUCCCCCCCUUUUUUUUGCUGCUACUCAGGGAAGCUUAUGUGGCAAUAUAGCAAAAUCAGAGACCUGUUUGCUAGUCGGUCCAGAACGCACAACUUACUUGUGUGAUCGCAGCCUGGAGCACUUUGUCUAAACAAAUUAAUAAAUAAAUAGAAAGAGGGUGAGAGAUGGGAAAACCUCUUGGAAGGGACUGUGUGAGAUCUCACAAGAGUCUCCAAAGCCCAGAAGGCAAUUGGGGGGGCGCUUUGGCAGUGGGAGAAAGGGUUUCUAAGUCCACCUUGCUUACUGGCCUCUACAAAGGUUGCAUAAAGCUCUCAAGAUCUCUGGCUUCGGACACGUAGGGAUGGUUGCUUGGGGGGCAUUUUCAGGGGUCUUCCUGACUUAUGCAAUAUCGCUUUUGCAUGCUGACCCCAGAAACAUAACACCCCCCCACACAAGUUUUGGGCCUUGAUGUAACAAAAUCCCCUCUGACAGUGAAGAGCCUCUGUCAGAAGUUCUGAGGAGAGAACAGUGACAAUCUAGAGGAUUUUGGGGAGUGGGUUUCCCCCCCGUAAAUUCCCAUGUAUACAAUUAUAUUCUCCAAGGUGCUUUGUAGUGAACAGUCAGAUACUUAUCUGUAUUUUUAGAGAUCACCUCUUCUUUUUUUGUUUAUACAGUGGUACCUCAGGUUACAGACGCUUCAGGUUACAGACUCCGCUAACCCAUAAAUAGUACCUCGGGUUAAGAACUUUGCUGCAGGAUGAGAACGGAAAUCGCGUUG